AGUACCUAGUUGUGCUUCCUCUUGAAAGGCGCUCAAGGCGCAUUUAUUUUAACAAAUACUACCAAUAGUUGGAGGUCUGUCCCUUUAUAAGCUGUAAACAAAUAAGCUCCAAUCGCACGAAUCAGCUUUCAACCGUCCCUAUUCAGAAUUGCAGUGCCAAUCAUGAAAGGCGUGAAUUCCGGCGUCUCUAGAAGCAGCUGGGAUGACACCUGUAAAAGGCUUGCGGCCCCGGAACGCAACAAUAACCUCCUGACGGAGAAUAAGCCGAAGUUUCUGUGCCACAUAUCUUCUCAUCAUGCAUAAUAAUAAUUCAUUGCAAUAGCCUGGCAGUGGCCAUUGCAUCUGUAGUGGGAAGUCGUGGGAAGUGGGGGGCGCUCGUCUUCUGCUGUUUGCGUCCCUCUUCUCUGAGGCUCAGAAUAUCAUGAGGAUAAUGCUUUCUGCAGUGCUUGCGAUCUCAAGGAGGGCCUGACUAUGUCACACAGCUGGCCACAGCAAAGCAACCUUAACCUCUACAAUUCUUUUUCGUGGGGUGCAUUGUAGGUCGCAACAAGGAAAACUCCCAUGUGGGAAGUACCUCCCUUUGGUGCCCCUUUAAGCACCCGUGAACAGGCUGCCUAGCCUUGCUCAUGUCUCUGCAAGAAUUGCUGAGUCUACUUUGAUUAGAGCAACCAAUGGCGAUCUGGGGUUGUCGAAAGAAUGUAGGCAACUGCCACUCAGCUUGACUCACGGCGCAUACUCUUGUACUUCCGACAUUCAAUUGGCAUCUUAAGGGAUUGCCGGCCACAAAGGGCGUUCUCUUGCAUUCUGCCAUUCAAUAGACGUCGUAAGGCCGCAGCUUGACCAGCUCGUAUCGCCCCAGGAGUGCAAGAUACUAUUGAUCUAAAAAGCAUGGCCCAGUGGCCAUGUUCAAUAACGGUGGCAUUGGCUUUGAUGCUUCUCUGCUGUACGGCGGCUGAGGGUGCUUCGUCACAAAGAUCUUUUGUCUUCAGAAGAACGCUAGCAGCCGGAAGCAUCGGCACUGAAAGUUUGUCAGGCAGCGGCGAUUGCAGAGUCGUUGGUCCUUGCCUUCCUUGCACAGCCACUGAGAAGGCCACAGUUGCAGUCUGCGACGAGUCAGGGUACCGACAAGCGGUUGAGUGCCCUCCGGCUCCGAAAGUCAACCUCACAGAUCCAAGGAGGCUCGGGGAUGAUUCUUCUGAGCAGCAAAAUUCGGAAGAAUCGGAUGGGAUGGAGGACAGAGGUAGCAGGGGGGAGGGCGCAAGCAAGAAGCUGCUGCAAAUUGGGGGGGGGGACGGGGUCACCUCGACCUUGCAGGCAUGCUGGCCAGAGGGGCAAAAUGAGGGUCUGACAGUCCUAGGAUUUGAGACGAUUGUGGCACUUGUCCUGACAGUCGCAGCACCAGUCAUGGUAUAUCGCAGAAGGAAAGCAGGCUCAAACGCCUCAACUCAAGGCAUGCAACGAAUCCCGAGCAACAAUCGGUUCUGACUCCGUUGUAGCUUCGUCGUUUUUUUAUUUGCACUUGGUAAAGUCCUGUGCCGUCGGAAGCCGCACUCUUCAAAAUAUGUUUUGCUGGUUGUGCAAUCUAGAUGUUUGUAUUGAACGAGGCCUGACAAAAGUAUAGAGAUAAAAGUUGUAGGCCAGGAGCGCAUGCAUGGCCCAAUUGCCACAAAUAUGUCUGCAAUUGAGAACGAUAUCUGAAUCUAAAUAGAAGGGCCAGAAAAGUCACCUGGAAUAUGUAUGUGCGACAAAGUCGAUGACCGUCAGGGGCGCAGCAUUGCGAAUCGCUAGC